ACAUGAGCACCGGCUUCAGCUCCAACUCCUGCCGGUUCGCCGAUUACUUCGUUAUCUGCGGACUGGAUACCGAGAGCGGAUUGGAACCAGACGAGCUGUCCGCUUUAUGCCAGUAUAUACAGGCUUCUAAAUUCAAAGAAGGAAUCGCCCAAGGAAAGUUGGCGAUUGCAUGUGAAGGUGAGAAUUUUGAGCAGAGUCCACUGCGGAGAACAUUUAAAUCUAAGGUUUUAGCACACUAUCCUGAGAAUGUGGAGUGGAGCCCGUUUGACCAGGAUGCAGUUGGCAUGCUCUGCAUGCCUAAGGGCCUGUCAUUUCGAACGCAGGCUGAUCGACGCGAGCCCCAUUUCCACUCGUUCAUCAUCACACGAGAGGACGGCUCACGCACCUACGGCUUUGCGCUCACGUUCUUCGAAGAGGUGACUAGCAAACAGAUCUGCAGCGCCAUGCAGACGCUCUACCACAUGCACAAUGCCGAGCAGCAGCACGAUGCCCAGGGCCGCCUGCAGCGCUUCGACUCCUACGACAUCGGCCGCGACACGCUCUUCGUGUCCAAGUGCAUCUGCCUGAUGGCACCCAUGGCCUUCGUUCAGGCGUGCCGCAAGGUCCUUGAGCAGCUGCACCAGGCCGUGACGUCUCCUCAGCCUCCUCCACUACCGCUUGACAGCUACGUGUACAACAUCCUCUACGAAGUGCCGCUACCGCCUGUCGGGCGCUCGCUAAAGUUCUCUGGCGUCUACGGACCCGUGGUGUGUCAGCGGCCCAGCGGUGCAGAGCUUCCGCUUUUUAACUUUCCCGUACAAGACGUCUUCGAGCUGCUUGGUGUAGAGAAUGUGCUACAGCUCUUUACCUGCGCUCUGCUCGAGAUCCAGAUCUUGCUCUAUUCUCAACAUUACCAGCGGCUGAUGAGUGUGGCUGAGAGCAUCACGGCUUUGAUGUUUCCAUUCCAGUGGCAGCACGUAUACGUUCCUAUCCUUCCUGCCUCACUGCUGCACUUUUUGGAUGCUCCAGUGCCCUACCUAAUGGGCUUGCACUCCAAUGGCCAGGAUGACCGCACCAUGCUGGAGCUGCCUCAGGAGGCAAAUCUGUGCUUUGUCGACAUCGACAACCACUUUAUAGAGCUGCCCGAGGAUUUACCCCAGUUCCCAAACAAGCUGGAGUUCAUUCAGGAGAUCUCAGAAGUUCUGUUGGCAUUCGGAGUGUCCCCGGAAGGAAACGCACUUUGCACUGAGGGUCCCUCUAAAAUAAAGGGAUUCCGUUCUGUCGAUGAUAAGCGCAAUGGAAACCUUGCUGGCUCCCCACUGAACUCCUAUCUGCUGAGGGAGAACGAGACCAUUGCCCGGCUGCAGGCCCUGGUCAAGAGAACUAGGGUCAGCCUCGAGAAGCUGGAUGUGAAGGAGUGCACAAGACCUAAUAAGGAAGGAAAGGUGCAGUGUGAUGAGGAUGAGCUAAAAAUGCACCAGCUCAACAUUCGGGUUCGGGAGGUUUUCGCCAACCGCUUCACCCAGAUGUUUGCCGACUACGAGGUGUUCGUCAUCCAGCCCAGCCAGGACAAAGAGUCCUGGUUCAGCAACCGAGACCAGAUGCAGAACUUUGACAAGGCCUCCUUCCUGUCCGACCAACCAGAGCCAUACCUGCCCUUCCUGUCCCGCUUCCUGGAGACGCAGAUGUUCGCCUCCUUCAUCGAUGGCAAGAUCCUGUACCAUGAUGAUGAAGACAAAGAGCACACCCUGAGAGUGUUUGAUUCUCGCGUGGAAAAAGUUCGGCUGCUGAACGUCAGGACGCCGACACUGCGCACCUCCAUGUACCAGAAGUGCACCAACAUUGAGGAAUCAGAAAAAGCCAUCGAAAUGCGCCUGUCCAAGAUCGACCACACGGCUGUGCAUCCACACCUGCUGGACAUGAAGAUUGGACAGGGUCGUUAUGAGCAGGGCUUUUUCCCCCGGCUGCAGUCUGACGUACUGGCCUCUGGACCCAUUAGCAACAAAUGGACAAAGCGGAGUGCUCCAGCCCAGUGGAGAAGAAGAGAUAGACAGAAGCAGCAUGCAGAGCAUCUUUACCUGGACAACGAUCAGAGAGAGAAAUACAUUCAGGAGGCCCGGAAUAUGGGAACAACCAUCCGUCAGCCUAAACUUUCCAACCUGUCUCCAUCUGUCAUCGCACAGACCAACUGGAAAUUUGUGGAGGGUCUGUUAAAAGAGUGCAGGAAUAAGACUAAGCGCAUGCUGGUGGAGAAGAUGGGCAGAGAGGCCGUGGAGCUCGGACAUGGCGAAGUUAGCAUCACCGGUGUAGAGGAGAACACACUCAUUGCUAGCUUGUGUGACCUACUGGAGAGGAUCUGGAGUCAUGGGCUACAAGUAAAACAGGGAAAAUCAGCCUUGUGGUCACAUCUGCUGCAUUACCAAGAGAGCAAAGAGAAGAGGGAUGCCACACCAGCUAGUUUAGGGCCCCCUGGUCUCAUUCACGACACAGAGAGGCGGAAGUCAGAUGCCAGUUUAGCAUUGCCUCCACUUAAAAUCUCCCUCAUUGAGGACAUGAGGCACAUUCAGAACAUCAGUGAGAUUAAGACGGAUGUUGGGAAGGCCAGGGCCUGGGUGCGACUCUCCAUGGAGAAGAAACUGCUAUCUAGACAUCUCAAACAGCUCCUUUCUGAUCAUGAGCUCGCCAAGAAACUGUACAAACGCUAUGCUUUUCUGCGCUGUGAUGAUGAGAAAGAGCAGUUUCUAUAUCACCUGUUGUCUUUCAACGCUGUUGACUACUUCUGCUUUACUAACGUCUUCACCACCAUUAUGAUGCCCUAUCACGUGGUGGUCAUUCCCAGUAAGAAGCUCGGUGGCUCCAUGUUCACAGCCAAUCCGUGGGUAUGUGUUUCUGGAGAGCUGGCUGAAACCGGAGUACUCCAGGUGCCCAAGAACACUUUGGAGAUUACUUUUGAGUGCCAGAAUUUGGGCAAGUUGACCACAGUGCAGAUGGGCCAUGACAACUCAGGUCUGUACGCCAAGUGGCUCGUGGAGUGCGUUCUGGUUCGGAAUGGGAUCACAGGUCACACCUACAAGUUCCCAUGUGGUCGCUGGCUCGGUAAGGGGGUGGACGAUGGCAGUUUAGAGAGAAUCUUGGUCGGAGAGCUAAUAACUGCAGGUUCAGAAAAUGAUGAAAGAAUGUGCCGCACUCCUCCCAUGCAGCAGUCGCCUGGCAUGAUGCGCCGAUUUGUCACCAUCUCACCAAACAGCAAACCAAAGCUAAACACAGGGCAGAUCCAGGAAGGAGUGGGAGAGGCCAUCAAUGGAAUUGUGAAACAUUUCCAUAAGCCAGAAAAAGAGAGAGGAAGUCUGACUCUUCUUCUUUGUGGAGAGUAUGGUCUGGUCUGGGCUCUGGAGCAAGUGUUCCAGCACAGCUUUAAAUCACCACGCCUCUUCAAAAAUGUCUUCAUUUGGGAUUUUCUAGAAAAGGCACAGGUUUACUUUGAAAGUGCUGAGCAGAACCUGGUGAAUCAGGAUGAGAACUAUCAGACGAGGGUCCGUCAUUUUUGCCGCUUCAUGCGUGCCAUCAGCAACACAUCGAGAAGCAUCGGCAAAGACGGAAAAUUCCAGAUGCUCGUGUGCCUCGGAGCCAGAGAUCACCUGCUGCAUCACUGGAUAGCUCUACUGGCUGACUGUCCCAUCACCGCACAGAUGUACGAAGAAACAGCGCUACUGAAGGACCGUCCUCUGGUAAACUCUUUAAUUAGAGUAUUACAGACUUUGCAAGAAUUCAACAUUACUCUGGAGGCCUCUCUGGUCAAAGGAAUCGGAUUAUAAUUGAAGAAGCUGGACGCAACCCUGACAGGUCAGCAGGGACCAUGGACUGUUUUGCAUUUUUUACAUGGAGAGACUUGAAUGACUGGACUACACCAGGCUUACGUUAAAGCUACUGUCAUGUUUGCCAUAUAUUAAGUGCAAUGAGCCUUUUGAAAACGUGUCAUUACUUUUAUCCUUGGCGUCGUUGCUGGGAUACAUUUACGACAUGUUUUGUAUUACGAUCCAUACUUUUCACAAGUGGUAAACACAACCCACUUGUGCUUUACCGAUUUUACUGAAAGCUCGAUAUUUUCAUUGUUUCUGUGAACUGCUUAUGAUGGCUGUAUUUAAAAAGGAGAACAAGGAAGAAAAACUGUUAAUAUAUUUUCAGAGUACAGUGUUAUUUUGAUAUGUCGGUCCAGUUGCUUGCUCUGUUGUCUAUCUAAUCUAUACUGUCACAAUGCAGAGUUCAAAGCAAAUGAUGUAGAAGUAUGCUUUAUAAGUAUAACUCAUGGGAAACUCUUAUUGUAAUUAAAACAUAACCAAAAACAAGAAAUGAGCUCUUGUUUUUAAAACAUUACCAGGGGACCUUUAAAUUCUUUUAAUGAUGUAUGCAAAUUCAAUGAGAACAUGCUGAGAUUAGAAUAGAACAGACUGUAUUUAAUGAUGAAUUAAAAAAAAACAUAAAAAAAAUUAAAUAUCUAUAUCAGUGGUUCUCACACUUUAGACUAAACACCACUUUUAAUCAACCUUUUAAGUAACACCUAUAUGCUACCUUCAUCCAGAAAAACAUUAUGUGUGUGUGAUGAGCUGUUUCAUUUCAGUGAAAGAGAUGAUCCUGAAGAUUGAGAUUCCCAAACUUGAAUAGACUGUUUUUUUCAUAUCAGCAUUUUUGUUGCUUACUAGCAGUAGCAGUGCUACAGUUCUACGUUCUGUGGUGAAAUCAAUAUUAGAUCUCAUAUUAUCAAUGAUCCUCCUCAUUGUCAGCAAGUGCGUUUGAUAAUGUUCUAUUUUUGCAAGGUAUUGGAAACAUGAGUCUUAAAAUUCUUGGAAGGGAGUGUGUAUUAAAAUAUGUUUGCGAAGCAUUCACACUAUAUGUAUGAAACACAGAACACACUAGAUUGAUCACGAAUAAAAUAAGAAAACACUAUCCAAAAAAUCAAUCAAUUUAAAUUGAUUUUAUUUGGUUUCAUUUUUAUUUCAAGGUCAUUCAGUGUACCACCAGUAGUACUAUUAACAUAGUUUAAGAUUCCAUUUGAGAACCACUGAUCUGUUAAACUAUUUUAAACAACAUUAUUUUAGCUUCUGCUUUUUUGGAACAAGGAUCCUCAUAAAUGCCUCCAAUAAAUGUAAUUUCUCAGAAGCUUUGCUACAUUCUGGAUCUUUUUUUAACCCUCAGGUCUGCACAUCAGCUAGUUUUAAUAACCAAUGGACUUAAAGAAGCAUCACACAGAGGCAUUGCUGGUCUCUAUAAAAUUCCAAGCUAAGCUUCAAUUGUUUCUGCUAUGCAAUAUUCCUAUGCCAUUUCCAUAAAGCUUACACUGAUAUUCAACAUGCUGAUGAGACUUUCAUCAGGAGGAGAUUUCCCUUUUACAGUCCCAGUGAAGUGUUAGAUGUAUAGUCCAGCUCAUCAGAGGUUAUUCUGUGUAGGGUUGCUGGUAGCCGUCAUUCCAUCACUUUGGAUACAGUUGCAUUGUUUGUCCCCUGGUUCAUUUAUAAAAGAACUUGUGUAAUGUAGUGUUAAUAUGUGAGCAAGAGUGUACAGUGUAUAAAAUGUAUUAAAAGUGAUAAUUCCCAA